GUUUCAGUUAUUGAAAUGUUAAGAAGUGAAAAGUGAACUCUUAUUGGAGGAAGAAAAAUACAGUAGUAAACCGUGCGUUAAUGGAAUUUAUAUGCAUAAACUGUGAAAUAAAACGUGAUUAGUUCCAAACUUGUUUCAAAAUACAACAGCAAACGUGUUUUCGAAUAAAUAUUUUAGAGACAAAGUGAUAUCUUUAGAUAACUGAAUUUAUUUAAACUGAGUUCAGUAAGAUUUAAACGAAACUUUUAGACAAAAUUUGUGCGCGUUAAGAUACAAAAAAAAAAAACAAAUUUUCUAAGUAAAACUUUGGAAUAGAAGUGCCUUUUCUUUAAUUUACAAAUUAAAUUAAAGUAAAAAAAAUUUAAAAAUAAAUAUUUUUCGUUACUAUUUGAAAAGAAAAAACUCCAAAAACAACAAUGGCUUUUAUGAUGCCUGUUAUGAAAAAUAACUAUGAUAUUUACAAGGAUAAGAGUCGCUCACGUAAAACCUCUGAGGGCUCGAACUCGACGAGUGGUGACCGGCAAGCAAUAUCUGCUGCCAUGGGCAUACCGAACCGUGCCAGCCGCUCGCGGAAAGUGUCUGAAUGCAAAUCUGAAAGUUUUAGCAGUUCACCAAGUCAUGCCUACCGCAUACAAAUGCAACGCUGUCAAUCAUCCCGUGCAUUUCCACGCAAUGCCUCGCGGACCUCGCAUUCAUCAGCAUCCGGUGCACUAUCACCUACACGUUCCUUCUCUCAAGCCUCCAGUCCACCCAAAACUGCGACAACUGGCAGCCAGAACGAUUUAAGUAAAUUUCAUAUACGUUUGGUCGAAAAAUUACGUAAGUCGUUCCGCAAGGACAGUGCCAAACGGUCCUGAAAGUACAGCAGAUGCAGUAAUGCAAACGUAAUUCAUAAAAGUAAUGAGCCAAAAGCAGAAAACACAAUAACAAACUCUAUACAAAAUGGUGUAGAAACCAGAAAGUCAUUAACCCCCCAAACACGCAGUGACUUUGCAGCAAAUGUUAAAUUUUCUACUACUUCUACUACUAGUAAAUGCGUUGACGUUGACGUCGACGUCGACGUUGAAGUUGGCGACGCCGGCAGCGAUGCUGCACAAGUGCGUACGGUUUGUGCAGCGCUAACCAGUAAUGCAGAAAUACUCAACCAAGCGGAUGAAAAUCAUAAUAAUAAAAUCUAUGAUAGUUCUGGCAUUACAAUAAAUGCUAUAAGUGCAGCAGCAGCAUUUAAUCCAACACUUAUGGCAACAGAUCUGGGACGUCGUUUAACUGCGCCAUUAACUUGCGCAAAUCUCAAACGCUGCCAUAAUAAAUUUCUUAAAAUGAAUUUAAAUGAUGAACAAAAAAACUCUAAAGCACUACUUUUGGGCUCAUCAUCGACAAUAAUGGAGCUUGGUGGCGCUAGUUCUGAAGCGACUAGUUUGCAUAAUGACAACGAAGAACAACAACAACAACAACCUUUAAUAAACAAAAGUAAAAACAAAACAUUGCGAAAACAUAUAAAAACAACAAAAAAAUCACUUAAAAUAACAACAACAAAAUUGAAUAAUUUCGAAACUAGCGACGAAGCAAUAAUGAACGCAGUCGACGCAAGCAAAAGUAACGAUAAAGUGAGUAGCAUGAGACGUCGACGUCGAGCGCACAAAAAACGUAUGCAUUUUUUAAGACGGUCAACUUCGAAAUUAAGUUCAAAAAGUGCGCCUGGCUAAGAGCAGCAGCAAUGAGACGAAAAAGAAAAAGGAGUAAGAAAAUGUAUUUGUGCUAAAUUCUUUGGAAUAACAAAAUAUAAAAAAUGUAAACAAAUACAAAGCAACAAAAAAAAAACAAAAAGAAUGUAAAACGAUUACGUCUCAUUUUUGGCUUCCUUUUCCAAAAACAAAAAAAAAUAAAAACAAAAACAAAUAAGCAAAAUGUCGCAAUUCUGCUUUGUUUGCUGUGCUCUAUUGUGCAAUUGCGUUGCUCGACAAAAAAUGCUUAGCAAAUGAAAAUUUUC